CGAACACUGAAGUCAACUGGGGCUGAGCGCUGUGGACUGCACUGCCACUACAGAAGUGUUUCAGAUCUGCUAUGCAGCAGGUACCUAGAAAACCACUACUGAAAUCGGGUGAUCGGCAGCCAGCUUGCUAAGCGGCCAAGGAAGCCUAAGAAGGUCAGCUCGUAUCCUUCAGCAGCAUUGCCUCUCCCAUGCCACUUGCAGACCUGCCACAUCCCCAUUGAGCUACCAAAUUUGAGCGGCCAGCUGCGCGCUUAGUCCAUGGCUUCUUCUUUCGCCUCUCGAGGCAUCUUGCUGCGGAGACUCGCACACGGGCUAAUCAACCAGGCAGCGCUGCCAGGGAUCUCUAAGGGCAGCAGCCAAAACGGCCUUUCUGUGGCCUGCCGGGCCGCUCUGGUCGCUGAAACCCCUCCCUCAAAAAGGCGUCUCUUCUCCAGCUCAUCCGCCAGCUCCCGCGUGCUGGUCACAUUUGACAUUGAUGGGACACUCGUUGAGGCGAUUGGGACCGAGGCGAACAAGAUGCACAAGGGCGCCUUUUCGCAUGCCCUUAAGGAGCUGUAUGGAGUGGACGGCACCAUUGAUGCAGUCAAGCACCACGGCAGCACAGACAAGAGCGUCAUCAAGAAGACCGCUCUCCACUAUGGCGUAUCAGAAGAGAAGAUUAUGAGUCGCUGGGACGACAUCGCCCCGAAGAUGCUCGAGUAUGCUCGUGGCCAUGUGGCGCACGCUGCAGAGGGGCUGCACCUAUUGCCCGGCGUGCUGCACCUUCUCAAAACACUGGCCGCCAGGGAUGACGUUGUGACCGGCUUGGUGACCGGCAACCUGUCCGAGAUUGCCUGGAUGAAGAUGAACGCGCUGGGAAUCAAGGACCUCUUCUCGCCCCCGUACAUAGGAGGGUUUGGAAGCGACCACGUGGAUCGAGGGGAGCUCGUAAAGAUUGCUGCAGCGCGCGCAGCCCAAAGUAUACCCGGGCCUUCGUUCGGAGUGCGAGUUCACGUAGGCGACACGCCCAACGACGUGUCGGCUGCCCUUUACGGAGGUGCACAUGCUGUUGGUGUUCUGACAGGCGCCUUUGAGGAGAGCGAGUUGCUUGAGGCCGCUAAAGGAGACAGAAACAACGUAACAAUACUGGAAAACCUUGAAGAUAGCGAGCGUUUUUUGAGCGUGUGUGGUUUAUCAAAUAGAUCAUAAGUUGUUGAGGAACUGAUGAUCUAUUGUUCCUGCACUGAAGCGCCAGCAGGUACGGCUACGUGAUAGUAACAGCAACUCAGUUUCAGAACUGGACGAUAUAAAUAGGUGAUCGC